AAUAAAGUUUUCAACCUCGAUUAUCCUGCAAAGUUCCAAGAAUGCCUCACCCCGCCAGUAUUUCCAAUUCCAUGGAAUCCCUUCAAUCAUCUUUUUUUUCUCCAAUUCCAAAGCGUAAAACCCAAUAUCAAUUUCAACCCUUUCUCUCUACCAUUCCCAAAAUUCAAUGCUCUGUCACCCCUGACCCGUGGACUCUCAGCGAUGGAAACACCAACAUCAACAAGCCAAAAUCUCGUUCUAAAAAUCCUAAAAACCCACUUUCAGAUGACAAUGCUCGCCGCAUAAUCAAAGCCAAAGCUCGCUACUUGAGUUCUUUAAGAAGAAAUCAAGGCCCCCAAGCUCAAACACCUAGGUGGGUUCGUCGCUCACCUGAACAAAUGGUUCAGUAUUUAGAAGAUGAUCGAAAUGGACAUUUGUAUGGUAAACAUGUCGUUGCGGCAAUUCAAGUUGUUAGGAGCUUGUCUCAGAAACCCGAAGGUACUUAUGACAUGAGAAAAGUUAUGGGUUCUUUUGUUACUAAACUUACUUUUAGAGAAAUGUGUGUUGUGCUCAAGGAACAAAAGGGUUGGCGCCAAAUUAGGGAUUUUUUUUCUUGGAUGAAAUUGCAGCUAUGCUACCGUCCUUGUGUUAUUGCAUACACAAUCGUCUUGCGUGCGUAUGGUCAAGUUGGGAAGAUUAAGCUGGCUGAGGAGACCUUUUUAGAAAUGCUUGAUGCAGGAUGUGAACCUGACGAAAUUGCUUGUGGCACAAUGUUGUGUACAUAUGCUCGAUGGGGACGCCACAAAGCUAUGUUGGCUUUUUACACAGCUUUGCAAGAGAGGGACGUUAUACUUUCGGUUGCUGUAUAUAAUUUUAUGCUGUCGUCAUUGCAAAAGAAGUCGCUCCACCAAAAUGUGAUACAGAUAUAUAGAGAUAUGGUUAAUAAACAAGUUGUACCUAAUCACUUCACCUUCACAGUCGUCAUCUGUUCACUUGUAAAGGAAGGCCUUCUCGAAGAGGGAUUGGCUGCAUUCAACAGGAUGAAGAGCCUUGGUUUUGUGCCUGAAGAGGUCACUUACAGCCUUCUUAUUACAUGUAAUGUCAAAGAAGGCAACAAGGAUGAAGUGUUAAGGCUUUAUGAAGACAUGAAAUAUCGAGACAUUGUUCCUAGUAAUUUUACUUGUGCUUCUCUUUUGAGUCUCUAUCAUAGGAGCGGUGAUUUCUCGAAGGCCCUGUCUCUAUUUUCAGAAAUGGAAAGAUACAAAAUCCGAGCUGAUGAAGUCAUUUAUGGUUUACUUGUUAGGAUAUAUGGAAAGCUCGGUCUUUAUGAAGAUGCAGAAAAGACUUUCGAAGAGGCGGAAAGAUUAGGCCUGCUUAGUGAUGAGAAAACAUACAUAGCAAUGGCACAAGUGCACAUUGGUUCCGGAGAAUAUGUAAAAGGAUUGCAUAUUAUGGAACUAAUGAGAUCUCGAAAUAUUCCAUUUUCUAGAUUUGCCUAUGCAAUCUUGUUGAAGUGUUACAUAAUGAAGGAAGAUUUGGCAUCUGCUGAAACAACAUUUCAAUCUCUAUCAAGUGCUAGAGUCCCGGAUACCAUAUCCUGUAAUGACAUGCUCAACUUGUUCCUAGGAAAGGCUUUAUUUGAGAAGGCUAAGAAUUUCAUAGCUCAGAUAAGAAAGGACAAUGUUGUGUUUGAUGAGGAGCUCUGUAGGACAGUGAUGAAGGUGUACUCCAAGGAGGGAAUGCUUAGAGAAGUGGAACAGUUUAUUGAAGAAAUUUGUGGGAACAAAUCUUUGGAAAAUAGCAGCUUUAUUCAAACUAUUUCUGUGAUUUUGCAUGCACAAGAUGGAAAAAUCGAGAACAAAGAAGAGCUCUUGCUAGCCCCGGGAGUGUUAGAUAGUUGUGCACUAGAGUCUAUGCUAUGUCUUUAUUUAGCCUCUGGUGAUAACAUGAAAACAGAAUAUGUGCUUCAUAUUUUGCUUGAGGCUGCUGAUGGCUUAUCUGUUGUAAAUCAACUCAUUGGCAAGUUUAUUCGAGAAGGUGAUGCAUCUAAAGCUGAAAUUAUAUAUGAUCUGUUGAUUAAAAGAGACUCUAAGGCACAGGGUGGAAUCUUGGCUACUAUGAUUAGCUUAUAUGGAAAGCAUCAAAAACUGGAAAGAGUGAAAGAGCUGUUUGCAGCUGUGGCUAAUUCUGACAUUUGCGGAUCUGAAAUAUACAAUGCUGUGAUUGAAGCCUUUGUUAAAUGUGGGGAACCUGGGGAAGGUUACCAGCUUUACAAGCAUUGUGCAAUACGAGGAAUUGAUUUGAGUCCCAUUGUGAUCAGUGUACUUGUGAACAAUCUGUCUAAUCAUGGGAUGCAUAAGGAAGUAGAGGAUUUGGUAAAGAGAAGUUUGCGUGACAAUAUGGAGCUUGACACCAUUGCGUAUAAUACAUUUAUCAAAGCGAUGCUGGAAGCAGGUAAAUUGCAUUUUGCAGUCAGCAUAUAUGACCACAUGUUAUCUAAUGGAGUUUCCCCAUCAAUUCAGACAUAUAGCAGUAUGAUAAGUGUCUAUGGAAGACAAAGGAAGCUAGAUAAGGCUGUAGAGACGUUCAAUUUGGUGCAGAAAUCGGGCAUACCUUUGGAUGAGAUUGUUUACACUAAUCUAAUAAGCUUAUAUGGGAAGUCUGGAAAAUCUCUAGAAGCGUCUGCGUUAUUUGCUAAAAUGCAAGAGGAAAGCAUAAAACCCGGAAAGAUAAGCUACAAUGUAAUGAUAAAUGUACAUGCGGCUGUUGGACUUUACUCUGAGGCUGAGGAACUAAUCACAGCGAUGCGGAAAGAUGGCUUCAAUCCUGAUUCUUUAACCUACCUUGCGCUUAUUAAAGCUUAUGCAAAGAGUAUGAAAUUUCGAGAAGCUGAACAAACCCUUUUAUCUAUGGAGAAAGAAGGAAUGCAACCUUCAUGUGCUCAUUAUAAUGUCGUAAUAUCAGUAUUUGCUGAAGCUGGCUUAGUCGAGGAAGCUGACAGGAUUUUCAGCAGGAUGCUUGCUUCUGGAUUAAAACCUGAUGUUGUAUGCUGUAAGACGAUGUUAAGGUGUUACGUGGACUAUGGAUAUGUGGAUAAAGGUAUCUCUCUCUUUGUAAGGAAUCGAGAAUACGUAGAACCAGACAGAUUUGCUAUGAGUGCUGCUGUUCACUUAUACAAAUCUGCUGGCGAAGACCUUCAAGUAAAAGCUCUCUUAAACUACAUGAAUGAAGAAGGAAUUCCGUUUUUGAGUAGCCUUAAGAUCGGAUCCAAGGCCAGAGCUUCAUAAAAGUUUGUGGAUGUAAUCCAUAGUUGUUGAACUCCAAAAUCCAGGUGUUUGUUUGGUAGAAGAAAAAUUUUGGUAACAAAAAAAGCAUGUAUAGAAAUAGAACACAAAAGCAAAAUAAUUGGCAUGAUUUUGUAUAGUAUUCUUAGGAAUACAUUCAAUUGGUAUGUAUUCUUAAUUUUGUUAAUCAGAGGAUUGACAUAAUAUUAAAAAG